AUGUUUAUUUCAAACAUUCUACUAGCUUCCAGGCAACAUGGCUGGAGGUUUGAAAAGCUUCGACCAACCUUUAAAAAAUGGGUAAGGAUUGAUCAUCCGCCUCAAAGUAGAUCCAACCUAAUCAAAUUGGAUGAUAAGUAUAACAAGCUGAUGUACGUUACAAAUGGUCGAAUAAUCCCAAAGAAGAGAGAAGAAUUUUUAAAAACAGGGAAACAUUAUGUUAAAAAAGGGGAUGAAAUCCACACUCCAUGCCUAGCUUUCGCUAAGGGAGGCUCUCAUGAGCUACUUGAGACGUUAUCUAUGGACGACGUAUACCUCUUGGAGGAAUUAAUUCCUGAAAUCCAAAAGGCUUUUGAAGAGUGUGAGAAAUCUGAAAAACCUGAAACUACUGAACAUAUUUCAAUAAAGUAUUAAUAUUUAAAUAGUGUA